GCCAGAUGUUUCCUGUUGGACAUUCGUUUGGCGGGGUUGAAGAAACAGCGUGUUUACAGACAAUUUAUUAGCCAAUCAACGCGUCAGGAAGAGUCUCGGAGCCACAAGCUCCAAAAUGCCGACGCCUCAAAUCUAAAGAUAGCAUGGGAUGACGCUGGAGAAAAGUGUACCGUCCUGUAUCCUAAACCUCAGCUAAUGCAUGCAGUGCAGCGGUGGACCAAGUCAAUGCCCCAGACAUUUGCCUUUGAUUUGACAAGCUGCAUCCCGUCCUGCAUCCUGUUUGCCUGCUGGCUGCAUCGCAAUCAGACGAGUCAACGAAGCAAACAAGCCACGCGAGGAAACUCAACGCGUCGAUUUGUUUUUCUGCCGGAGCACACCCAACGCUGACCCCAUCCAACCAGAUGCUCGCCGUAGAAAUAUUACAACACACCCAUCGCCGCCCCCAGGACGACGCUUACGCUUUCAAUUGAUCCGCUUUCAUCGAGGGUCCUUCGCUAUGCCCGACGAGGCCAAUUGAACGACCCGGACUAACCUUCGACGACUUCGACCCUCUCGACAAUUUCCUGGACCUGCAGUACCUGCUAGGUAUCGUCCAUAAUGGUUCGAGUCACCGACGAGCUGGCUCUGUCGCAAGACGAAGUCAGUCUUUACUACACCACCGAUACAACUCUUGGACACCUUCCAGUGCUGGUCUUCCAUGGUCCAUCUACGACUACAAACUCUACUCUCAACAGCUCCAGAAUCCAAGUCCACGUAUACUCCGCAGCAGGCUUUCAGAGCUAUCCGCGCAUCACCAUCUCCCCGAACUCCCCCUUCUACCAAUCCGUCAACCAUCUGCCGCGCGACAAGCAGGGAGACGAAACAUGUCGUGGUAUCGCAUUCGGCCUGCUGAAGUACUUCAAGGAGCUGCCGGAGGUGGUGAAGAGUGGUGUGAUUGUACAGUCUGCGAGCUCGAGAGGAAAGCGACCUGGAUCUGCGCCAACACUGUUUGCGGAGCAACAUGCGGCGGAUCUGGCAGCGUCCAUGGUUCGUGUGGAGAAUAUUGGGGAGGUUUUGCGAGACGUCGAAACUGCUCUGCGCCCACAGAAUAUCCAGCAUGUAGAUGUUGACCUGGUACUGCCUCCAGGCUCGAUCGCGCCAUUCGAAGAAGUGGACCCGGAGGAUCAGAUGGAAGAUGAGGAGCUGCUUGACCCAACUCUGAAGCAAUAUGGAGCUUAUGCGCCGUUGGUUAAGCUGUUCGGAGAGGUGGCAUUCCUUCCUACCUCGAAAUUGCGCCGAGCACCUUCGAGACCUACAUCACUUAAUCGAACGAGGUCUUUCCUGAAGGACCAGAAGAUGGCUUUACGAAGAGAGAUGGGAGAGCUGGUCGAUACUGAGGAGAGAUAUGUGAUCAAGAUGCACGAACUGGUCAAUCACAUCGCAGACGACUUUCGUGACAAGGCAAAGAAUAAGGCAUUUGGAAGUUUCAGUCCUACAGAACAAGAUUUACAGAAGCUGUUCCCUAAGUCCCUAGAUAGGAUACUCCAGAUCAAUUCUGCGUUUCUGGCGGAUAUUCGGAAGGUCAUGGAUGACACUGAGGAAGAUGCUAUGCAAGACCUGGAGGCUCCUGCGGCCGGCUCUACGGGAUCUCGAUAUGGCGGAACCGGACGACUGAAGGAUCCAACUGGAGCACUUGCUUUUGCCAAAGUACUGUUAGAAUGGUUCCCGCAGUUCUCGGACUGUUACCAAGAUUACAUUCGAGCCAGUCAAGACUUUCCACAAAUUAUCAGCAUGUUCGUGAAACAGCAAUCAAGUUUCUCGCAACGCGUACAGCAAACUGGAGAGCAGAGACUCCGUUCCGCUGUUAUUGAGCCUGUCCAGAGAUUGCCUCGGUACAGUCUCUUCAUUGACAAUAUAGUCAAUUACCUUCCAAUACUGCACCCAGCUUUACAGUCAAUGCUGAAGGCUAGGGAUAUCAUCACUUCGAUAUGCUCGCUUGAUCCACCCGCAACAGACAAGUCACAAGUAGUCAAUCGAUUAAAAAAUCUGAUCGAAUCAUGGCCAAGCUCACUGCAUCCUCAAGGUCGACUCAUCACCGCAGUUGACUUCGCGGAGCUUCCAGCGCCGUUUCUCACCUCCACCACAUCCUUCCGAGAAGGCAUGUUCCUGAUAUUUGCAGAUUGUGUGGUAGUCCUCAAGAAGGCAGUCCAAUGCAACUUAUCUGCUCGUGGACUCAUGGCUGAAGUUGACAAGCCAUCAGCUGCAAGUAUGAUGGCCUCGAUCACUGCCAAUGCUGGUGGACAAAAGAAGACAUUCGAGCUUGUGUUCUCGGGUUGGCAUGUUCUUGGUGAUACUCGCUUCACAAUGUCAGAUGAUGGCCGGCUUGUAUCCAUGGUUUCAGUGCACGAAUUGAAGGAUGCUGGAACUGGUCGGGAGCGCAACUCGUCUGCUGCUACUGUGCGCACAUUUAUCUUGCAAGGAGCUUAUGAUGGAAAAGCUUUGAAGUUUACUGAAGAGAUUACCAAGGCGAGAGUUGAGGGUCGGUUUUCAGAGAAGGAGAGAGAAACCGACAGGUGGUCUUUGCGGUCCAUCAAGCUUGGAGCUGCGGAAAUAAAUCUCCAUACUUCAGUUUUCGAAGAAGGAAUCGACACCCUAAUUGAAGGUCGGAAGGAACCAGCACCAAUUAGAGUUGUGGUUGAUCAUGCCAAGGGUACCAAGGGAGCCCCCGUUGGUCAUUACGGUGUUGACAUAGUUGCCAAUGUCAAUGCCCUCCCAGGCGGGCUGACGUAUAGACUUGAGGUUGAUGGUCUUCACGAUAGGGUAUUUGUUGAUGAAGUGGUAGCUGAGCACUUCUUACCCACAUUCGCAAAGCGAGUGAACGAAUUGCUUCGAUCACAAUUCCACAUCAGCAACCCCGCGUUGACAACCCCCUUUAUCUCCACUAAUUGCAAGAUCUUGAAGUCAAUCGCAAUCCUUGCUGAAGGUGAUAAGUCAAAAUCAUUCCGACCAAACUCUCCCGUCAAAUUACUCUCGUUUCUGUCCAGUGGGUUCAAUAGCUCAACAUCGUCUUUCCAUGCUGGACCAAGUCCACCUAAGCACCCUCGAACUCCAAUUCUCGGCAAUGUUCCAACAAUGCAAGCUCCACCGUUGACCAGAUCAAACAGCAACAAAUCUACACAUUCUAUCCAGGAUGUUGACCUCCGAAGCAGUGUUCGUGCGGACGAGAAGCCCAGAAAUCCUCUUGUUCGCUUAGAAGAGACUUUCACGGGUUAUAUUUCUGCACUCCUAGUACGGAAAGGUAACAUCGUGGGGAGAGUAUUGAGAAAUCGCAGCACUGCUGAUGAGCUUGCUAUCAACGCUGUAUACAACACUUUCAUUGAGAAUCCUUUCGACAAUAGACCAGCUUCAGAAGCUUCAGUCGACGUACUCUUCGUUGCCUUUGAGAAAUACUUGAGAAUGGCCUGGAAAGACCAGAUGGGUCAGGUCAUGUCAUCACAAACUUUGGAUGAGCUUCAGGAGAGAGCCUUGAAGUUGAUGCCAAAUGACUUCGCUGACUAUGUCCGAUUGGUCUUUGGUGAAAUGGCUCCUCAAAAUCGGAGAGCAUUCAUCGCUAUCAUCAAAUUACUGGCGGACUUGUUGGAUGGAUGUGGAAACGACGGUGACCGUGGUGCUCUAACCGCCGCAUUUGCCGAGCUUCUUGUCAUUGAUGGAAACCCUCACGACUACAUUAAUCUGCUUGACCGUAUGGUGGAAGACCAGGAGCGCCUCUUUGAGGAUAUUGGACCCGGAGCGAUUACUUUUGGGGGUGGCAAUAAUUCUGCCUUUGGUUCCAUUUCUGGUGCUCGAUCAAACCAUUCCGCCAAUGGUUCUGUUGCGUCGAAUGCAUCUUCUUUCCGAAGAAGAUUUGCUGACACACUACUUCGACAAGGCAGUACCAAGGAUAAUGAUCGACCAUCUGUAUGGCGAACCUUGAGCAAGUCAAGUCGGACCACUGCUACUGGUGACUUUCUCGCUACGUCCAGCUUGUCCAAGGGAUCAGUCAUGCGCUCAAAGUCUAUUGAGUCUCCAGGUAGACGUCCAGUUUCUCGAGACAGACCAACCAUAUUGGGUGCCUUCGAUGAGCGUCCGUCCAGCAGCGGGUCACCUUCUAGACUCAGCACUAUUGGAGCUUCGCCACCACCAGAAGAGAAGCAGGAGAUAACCAAGUCUUUGAAGAAGAAGCGACGAAGUUCCCUAUCUGAUCUAAAGAGUCUGAUGGCAGCUGCAACUCUUGGCAACUCGCCAAUGUCUAUGGAGCGAAGGGGUUCAAAGUUCAACUCAUCUCCAAGAACACCUUCGCCAACCAAGAUUCCAGUCGCCGGAGGUAUCAUGGACCGGAAUCGUGCAUCGAUGUAUAGAACCGGCUCACCAAAUCAAAAGGAAAACUCACCUCUUAUGUUGUCAAGAAACAUUGGCAACCUCACCGAACGACCACAGAACAUUCAGUCAAAUCCAGACGUAGUAGUAAUCAAGGACCUCUGGACAAUUAAUUCCAACAAAGGCCAUACCAAAACCCCGUCUCUCUCCUCCAACAUUCCCACCCUCAUCGGUCGCGCGCCCUCAGCCUCCCGCCCGCCAACCACACCUGGGAAGCCAUCUCCUCAAAAGCUGCGUCUCCAAUCACCUCAGAAACUCCGCGAGCGUCUGCAAAAUGAAGCCAAAGCCAUCAACGAAGCUGAAGCAUCACUCCAAUCCGAACUCUCCAAAAUCGGCGCCGAGAUGGCAAAACUCAACGCCGCCUCCUCUUCGUCCUCAUCCAGUAGCAGCGCACGCACAUCUGACCUCCAAAAACUCACCUCCUCUCUCCACACCCUCGAAUCCCGCAUCCCAACCAUAAUCGCCGACCUCACCUCCCGCAACGAAACCAUCAAGUCCGACCUCGAGAAGAGCCUCCAAGCCUCCGAAUACAAAGUCAAGGGCCUCGAUCAACUGUACAAGGAGAGCAGUGCGGAGAAUGAAUUACUCUAUGAGAAGUUUAAUGGGGAGUUGGGCAAGAUUGUUAAGGCGCUUAAGGGCAAAGGCGAGAAGGAGGAGUUGGUGGGGAAGUUGAAGGAGGCGAGUGAGGAGACGGCAAAGACGAAGAAGGAGAAUGCGCGGUUGAGGAGGGAGGUGCUAACGCUUAGGGCGUUGUUGAAGGGGAAUGAGUGAGAGAGUGAGAAUUACUUGAAUCAGCGUGAUACCUUUCUGUUGAGUUUAUUUCCAUGAUGGAUGGCUGGCGUUCUGAGCGUGUCUGUUUGGCUUUGAUUCCGAGAUAUAUCGAUCUCCUGGGCUGGAAUGGUAACGUCUGGUUAGCAUUGUAUUCUGGCGUCUUUGGAGAGGAUCAUCCUGUUUGUCUAUUGGUUGAUCCAUGUACAUCCAUGAACUUGACUGGAGCGAGGAUAUAAAGCAAGAACGGGUCCUGCGGAUUGCCUGCCGACGGUCAUUCUGUCUUGCGGGAGCUACGAGUUAGUGUACUUGUCUUGAUCAAUUAUAUGGACAAAUGAUGGAAUGGAAGGUUGAAUGGGAAGUCUCGCUCGAGGAGAGGAUUGUUGCUCGAUGUACAGUCCAUUGCACUGCACAACCCAAUCAAGAAGAGGCAAAACAGAUAAUGUAGAUCAUGAAAUCACGAACUUGAUAUAAAUAUACCGUUCUAUUUCUUCUCAAAUUUUCUCUGAGAAGUAAUUUUCUGUCCCGUGUGCGUUGUUAUUCCCAAGAAAUGCUUUCCCGGCGAGAGACAAAGAGAAUCGUGGCGAUCGGUCAGAACAGUCCAAAUCACGUUACCACGUCUUCACAGGUAAGGUAGGUACUUUAACAACUGAAAAUCCUAAGGCUAAAAGAUACUGUAGCUCUCCUAUGUUUAGUCAAC